GUAGCCUGCCUAGGACGACUAGGACGUAGUACUGCGCUUUCUUGUAACAGGGCAGACCUGUUUCGAGGGUUUCGAGGGCAGCAGGAGCCUGCAACGUUCGCAACGUUGGUAGCAAUGUGCCAGAUGACAUGGCCGUCCCAGAUCGUGCCAGAUGUCAAAGGCCUAGGACUAAGAGCGGUGAAGGAUGUUGUAAGGUUACUAGAGUUAAUAGCAUUCAUAGUGUUUACAUCCAGGAGAGCACGUCCCAUAUCAGUUUGUAUUUCCAUGAGAUAAGAAAACGUGACGUGAUGGUAAAACCUUGAAUAGUGGAACAAAUGGAGGCGGUUACUGUUAGGUAGCGACACAAAAACACUUCCAAGGCAACAAACUGGCACAAGAAUAGAGGACGCGGUGUUGUCUAAUCGGCUGUUGCUAGGCAGCGGUGCAGUAGACACAUUUCCGCAACAAUGCAGAACUGUUGGAAGCGGUGUUUUCUGUGUGGUUCAACCGAGGACAUAUGACAAGUCGUGAGCGGCAGCUGUGAGAGUUAUUGCGAGUUGGACGCUGACACACAGGAUUCUUAAGGCAUACCAGUAGGAUUGCUGUACGCCACUUCCUCCCCAGCCCACAAAACAUCUUGUGUGAGGAACAAGUUGCAAGAUUAUAAAGAAUUCUACACUCUCUUGCAACAAGAGUGCCAAGAAUUGUGCUACACAUAGCUGAAGUAUUUCCAGCUCUGAGGGAAACCAUGAACCCUACAGAUUUACAGAAAGUACAAGGUCUGCAUAGUGAAAUAUGCCCAGCUUCUUCUCAAGAUGCAUAUCCAGCCAUCAGGAUAAAAGCCGAAGUAUUUUCAGAUGCAGAAGAGGAGGUGCCUGUCCCGCUAACAUUUGUAGGAAUAAAGGCUGAAUCUGAGAACCCUGCAGAUUUGGAGAGAGUACAGGUACGAGGUCCGUGUGGUGAGCUAUGCCCAGCAUCUUCUCAUGAUACAGAUCAAGACAUCAGUAUAAAAGCCGAGGUACUGUCAGAUGCAGAAGCAGAGGAGGAUCCUCUCACAAUACCAUUUCCAGGAAUAAAGGCUGAACCUGAGGUGAGCUGGGUCUCUGUGUCCAUGUUAGGAGGAUUUCACAAAUACUAUUUAUGAACAUCAACCUAUGCUUGAUGAGAAGCUGUCAUAUUCCUGUGAAGACUGUAAUAAGUCAUUCAGUUGUCACAAUAAUCUGAAGACACAUCAGCACAUACAUAAUGGGGAGUGGCCAUUUUGUUGUGAUGUAUGUAAUAAAUCAUUCAGUCAGCUAGAAGUUCUGAAGUCACAUCAAUGCAUACAUAGUGGGAAGCGGCCACUUUGCUCUAACGUACGUAAUAAGUCAUUCAGUGUUCAGAGUAAUCUGAAGUCAAAUCAACACACACAUAGUAGGAAGCGACCAUUUUGCUGUAAUAUGUGUAAUAAGUCAUUCAGUAUUCAGAGGAAUCUGAAAUCACAUCAAUGCGUGCAUAGGGGGAAGAGGCCAUUUUGCUGUGACGUCUGUAAUAAGUCAUUUAGUGUUCAGAAUAAUCUGAAGUCACAUCAACGCGUACAUAGUAGGAAGCGGCCAUUUUGCUGUAACGUGUGUAAUAAGUCAUUCAGUGUUCAGAGUAAUCUGAAGUCACAUCAACGUGUACAUAGUAGGAAGAUGCCGUAUUGCUGUGAUGUGUGUAAUAAGUCAUUCAGUGUUCAGAGUAAUCUAAAGUCACAUAAAUGUGUACAUAAUAGGAAGAUGCCAUAUUGCUGUGACGUGUGUAAUAAGUCAUUCAGUGUUCAGAGUAAUCUGAAAUCUCAUCAGUGCAUACAUAGUGAGAAACGGUCAUUGUGCUGUGACUUGUGUAAUAAGUCAUUCAGUUAUCGGAGUUCUCUGAAGAGGCAUGAACGCAUACAUAGGGGGGAGCGGCCAUUUUGCUGUGACGUGUGUAAGAAGUCAUUCAGUCGCAAGAGCCAUUUCAAGACGCAUCAGCACAUACAUAGUGGAGAACGACCAUUUUGCUGUGACGUGUGUAAUAAAUCAUUCAUUCAGAAGAGUUAUCUGAAGACACAUAAGCGCAUACAUAGUGGGGAGCGACCAUUUUGCUGUGAUGUGUGUAAUAAGUCAUUCAGUCACCAGAGUCAUCUGAA